GCGGAUCGCCAAGGGGACGCCUCGCCAGGCGUCUCUCCCGAUCCCUCUGUGCCUUGAGCCUGGGUCUGCCAGGCUGUCCAGCCAGGGACGCGGGCGCGGGGGCGUGGGCGGGCCAGACACGCCGGCCUGACCGCUCCCGGGCCGACGGCAGCGCCGCGCCUCGGAGAUGUGCUCCACUCCCGGGCUGCCCACGCCGGGGGCCUCGCUGGUCCUGCGGGUGUCGUUCGUGGACGUGCACCCUGAGGUGAUCCCCGUGCAGCUCUGGGGGCUGGUGGGCCAGCGGCGGGAGGAGUACGUGCGGCUGAGCCGGGAGAUUCAGGAAGCGGCGGCCACGCGCGGCCGGUGGGCGCUGGGUGGCGCCUCGGCCUCACCGGGCGAGCUGUGCCUGGUGCAGGUGGGGCUCAUGUGGCACCGCUGCCGCGUAGUCAGCCAGCAGGCGCAGGAGAGCCGCGUCUUCCUGCUCGACGAGGGCCGCACCAUCACGGCGGGCGCGGGCUCCCUGGCGCCAGGGCGCAGCGACUUCUUCCACCUGCCGUCCGAGGUGCUGGGCUGCGUGCUGGCCGGCCUCGUGCCGGCGGGCGGCGGCGGCGGCGAGCCCCAGCACUGGCCGUCCAGUGCCGUGGACUUCCUCAGCAGCCUGCAGGGCAAGCAGGUGCACGGGCGGGUGCUGGACGUGCUGCUGCUCCAUCGCGUGGUCCUUCUGGACGUGCCCGGGCUGUUCCAGCAGAUGCAGGAGCUCGGCCUGGCGCGGCAGGUGCCUGACAGCCUCUUCCGCUCGCUGCUCAAGCGCUACCUAACGGCGGCCACCGCUGGCAUGGGCUCCGGGAUCCCGGCCCUCCCGCGCAUCCCUCCCAAGCAGGAGCAGCCUGGCCUGGAUUACUUCUACCCGCAGCUGCAGCUGGGCGUGACGGAGCCCGUGGUGGUGACCCAGGUGUGCCACCCCCACCGCAUUCACUGCCAGCUCCGGAGCCUCUCGCAGGAGAUCCACCGCCUGUCCGAGAGCAUGGCCCGGAUCUACCGGGGUUCCCCGGGGACAGGGGAUGAGACCUCUACCAGUGCCACCUGGGAGGAGAGGGAGGAGAGCCCAGACAAGCCUGGCUCUCCGUGUGCAUCCUGUGGGUUGGACGGGCAUUGGUACAGAGCGCUCUUGCUUGAGACUUUUCGGCCCCAGCGCUGUGCCCAAGUGCUCCACGUAGACUAUGGAAGGAAGGAGUUAGUGAGUUGUAGUAGCCUCCGCUACUUGCUGCCUGAGUAUUUCCGAAUGCCCGUGGUGACCUACCCUUGUGCUUUGUAUGGACUCUGGGACGGUGGGCGAGGCUGGUCUCGGUCACAGGUCGGUGACCUGAAGGCCCUGAUACUGGGCCAGGCAGUGAAUGCAAAGAUUGAAUUUUACUGUUCCUUUGAGCACGUUUAUUACGUCACCCUGUACGGAGAAGAUGGGAUCAAUCUGAAUUGUGUCUUCGGAGUCCAGUCCUGUUGCUUGGCCGACCGGUUCCUUCAGAGCCAGGGAGUGGAGGAGGAGGAGGAAGAACAAGAAACAGCUUUUCAGUCUCAGUCUCCUGCUGAAGAAGUGGAUGAAGAGAUUUCACUCCCGACCUUAAGAUCUAUCAGGUUAAAGAUAAACGCCUUCUAUGAUGCCCAGGUGGAGUUUGUGAAAAAUCCUUCCGAGUUUUGGAUUAGGCUGAGGAAACACAAAGGCACUUUCAGCAAGUUGAUGAGAAGAAUGUGCAGUUUCUAUUCCUCAGCCAGUAAGCUGGAUGGCAUAGUUUUGAAACCCGAACCCGAUGACCUUUGCUGUGUCAAAUGGAAAGAAAACGGCUAUUAUCGGGCUGUGGUCACCAGAUUAGAUGACAAGAGUGUGGAUGUGUUUCUAGUUGACCGUGGCAGUUUGGAAAAUGUGGAUUGGUAUGACGUGAGGAUGCUGCUUCCCCAGUUUAGGCGGCUACCCGUAUUGGCUCUCAGGUGCACACUAGCAGAUAUUUGGCCUUUGGGGAAAAGUUGGAGCCAGGAGGCAGUUUCCUUUUUUAAAAAGACUGUACUCCACAAAGAAUUAGUUAUCCAUGUCCUUGAUAAGCAGGAUAAUCAAUAUGUUAUUGAGAUUCUUGAUGAAUCAAGAUCAGGGGAAGAAAACAUUAGUAAGGUAAUUGCUCAAGCUGGGUAUGCUAAAUAUCAGGAAUUUGAAACAAAGGAAAACAUUCCCGGAAGUGUCCACUCUCCAGGGCAUGUUUCAAGCCAUUUUACUGCUGAGCAUGAUAAAAUAUCUCCUGCCAAAAAGGUAGAAGUAGAACAGAAAGCCAAGAGCGACAAUAAAACUACAUCUGUUUCAGAAAUUUUGACUGGUACAACAGUCAUUACAGACAUUCCAACUGGACUAGUUGUGCAGGAAAAAGAGAAAAGAGUGUCUGUUUAUUCUUCUCUUAUACAGAAUUUCUUGGAAAUUAAGCCAGGCUCUUCUUGUAAAGGAGAGCUGAAAGUUGGAAGUACAGUAGAAGUCCAAGUGUCUUAUGUUGAAAACCCUGGCUACUUCUGGUGUCAGCUGACCAGGAACAUUCAAGGAUUUAAAACUUUGAUGUGUAAUAUCCAAGACUACUGCAAGAACACAGCUACUCCUUACCAGGGGACCACCCCCGCUUGUUUGGCAAAACGAACAGUAAAUGGAAAAUGGUCCAGGGCUGUGAUUAGCAGGGCACAAUCUGCAGAGCAUGUCAAAGUAAUGUUUGUAGAUUAUGGAGACAAAGAAAUGGUAUCUAUGAAGAAUAUUUACUCAAUUAGUGAAGAAUUUCUCAAGGUUAAGGCUCAGGCUUUUCGGUGCAGUCUUUAUAAUUUAAUUCAACCAACUGGUCAAAAUCCUUUUGCUUGGGAUGAAAAGGCAAUACAGGCUUUUAGUGAGUUUGUUGACAAUGCAUGGGAAGAGAAUCUCGAAUUAAAAUGCACAGUAUUUGCUUUGGCUUCAGUACAAGAUGAAGAACUGUUUAAUGUUGUGGAUUUGCUCACGCCCUUUCAGAGCGCAUGCCAUUUUUUGGUAGAAAAGAGACUCGCAAGACCAGUUAAACUUCAGAAGCCUCUGGAAUCCUCUGUUCAGUUACAUUCUUUCUACUAUUCGACACAUGAUAUGAAAAUUGGAAGUGAAGAAUCCGUGUAUAUAACACAUGUUGAUGACCCUUGGACAUUUUAUUGCCAACUGGGAAGAAAUGCGAGUAUUUUAGAACAGUUGUCCUAUAAUAUUACACAAUUAAGUAAAGUUUUGCUGAAUUUAAAAACAUCUCCCUUGAUCCCUGGAAACUUGUGCCUUGCCACGUAUACUGAUGGAAACUGGUAUAGGGGGAUAAUAAUAGAAAAAGAACCAAAUAAAGUCUUUUUUGUGGAUUUUGGAAAUAUUUGUGUGGUAACAAACGAGGAUCUGCUUCCAAUACCUAGUGAUGCAUAUGAUGUCUUACUUUUGCCCAUGCAAGCUGUUAAAUGUUCAUUAUCUGAUAUUCCUGACCAUAUACCAGAAGAAAUUACAACGUGGUUUCAGGAGACUAUUUUAGAUAAGUCAUUGAAGGCUUUGGUUGUAGCAAAAGAUCCAGAUGGAAGACUGAUUAUAGAACUAUAUGAUGACAGUAUUCAAAUUAAUGCUAAUAUUAAUGAGAAGUUAGGGCUACUUGGCUACAAAGAUGGGACAAGAAAAGAAGAAAGUGAAGCACUCCUCGCUGCAACUGAAACUCUUGAAAUAAAGAAGCAAAAUAUGAAGUUGUCACCGACAGAGUACAUAAGUAAAUCAGUAGAGAGCAAAUUAUGUAGUAUGGAGAUCUUGGGAGAAUCCUACAAAUCUAAGGUCAGCUCAGCAUGUAAGGAAACCAAGCUCUUACGAAGUUCAACAAACAUAGUCACUCAUUAUCAGGACUCUGUGGGAAAUCAAGGUAAUCAAGUGUGUCCACUAACACCAGAAAAGAGAGAAGAAAGUUUUGCUGAACCACCUUUGAAAGCGACAAAACUAGAAGCUUCUCCUUCAGAGAGAAACAUAGGAGAUUUAUAUAACAAAGAUUUGCCUUUAAAACUUUCUGACUUCCCUCAGAAGAUUAUAAUGCCUGGCUUUAAAACAGCUGUGUAUGUUUCUCAUAUAAAUGACCUUUCAGACUUUUAUGUUCAACUAACAGAAGAUGAAGCUGAAAUCACUCAUCUUUCAGAGAGGUUAAAUGAUGCUAGAACGAAGCCAGAAUAUUAUUCAGGUCCACCUUUGCAGAGAGGAGAUGUAAUAUGUGCCAUUUUUCCGGAAGACAAUUUAUGGUAUCGUGCUGUGGUCAAGGAAAAACAACCCAAUGACCUUCUUUCUGUACAAUUUAUAGAUUAUGGCAAUGUUGCUAUGGUUCAUACUAACAAGGUAGGUAAGCUUGACCUUAUGAAUGCACUGUUACCAGGAUUGUGCAUUCACUGCUCCUUGAGGGGACUUUGGGUCCCUGAGAUUUUAAAAUGUAAGGAAAUGAUGCAUUACUUUUCUCGAAGGACAGAUGAGGUUCAAAUAAGAUGUGAAUUUGUUAAAUUUCAAGACAGAUGGGAAGUUAUUCUUGUGGAUGAACAUGGGAUCAUAGCAGACGAUAUGAUUAGCAGAUAUGCUUUCAGUGAAAAAUCUCAAGUAGGACUUUCUAAUCAAAUAAUUAAAAGUGCCUGCUCAAAGUCUGUCAACAAAACUGACAUUGACACUUCACUGUUUCUUAACUGGUAUAAUCCAAAGAUGAAGAUGAUAAGAGCUUAUGCCACCGUGAUAGAUGGACCUGAGUAUUUUUGGUGUCAGUUUGCCGAUUCUGAGAAACUUCCGUAUUUAGAAGUAGAAGUACAAACUGCUGGAGAACAGGUAAUGGAUAGGCGAAGUUGUGUCCCAUGCCCUCAUAUUGGAGAUCCUUGCAUAGUGAGAUAUAGAGAAGAUGGACAUUAUUAUCGGGCACUUAUCACCAGUAUGUGUGAUGAUUAUCUUGUAUCUGUCAGACUUGUAGACUUUGGAAACAUUGAAGACUGUGUGGACCCCAAAGCACUCUGGAACAUUCCUUCUGAACUUUUGGUGGUCCCCAUGCAAGCCUUUCCAUGUUGCCUCUCAGGAUUUAAUAUUUCAGAAGGUGUGUGCCCUCAAGAGGGAAAUGACUACUUUUAUGAAAUAGUAACAGAAGAUGUGUUGGAGAUAACAAUAUUAGAAAUCAAAAGGGAUGUUUGUAAUAUCCCUUUAGCAGUUGUUGACUUGAAAAGCAAAGGCGAGAGUAUUAAUGAGAAAAUGAAGAAAUAUUCUAAGAUUGGUAUUAGUAACAGUGAUCUGCCCUAUGAAAAGAAAGGCCCAGAGACAAAGGGAGGCCUUGGGUCCCUCAGUCCUGAGUUUGGACUUAAGAAACCAAAUAGUAAAGCUGGACAAGAGAAAACACUGUAUGUAGAGCCACAGACAGAUGAGCUCUCCGAAAGAGCUGAAAAAGACUUCAACAUUCUCGAAACCAAGCCAAGUAAAUUCUAUGCCCCUGACACUGAUAACAUUUUUAAAGCUUUCGAAAACCCAUGCAAAGAUAAAAUUGGCCCCGAGGUCCUGGAAGGUAAAAUAGAGUGCCAUUUGUUUGACAAGGCCAAGUUUGAUGAUCAGUACCUCAUGACAGGAUUUAACGCAUUACUACCACAGGCGAGCGAAACAAAGGAGAUGCUAGAACUGAACUCCCUCGAGGUGCCCCUUUCCCCUGAUGAUGAAUUCAAAGAGUUCCUGGAACUGGAAUCCAUUGAGUUACAGCAUUCCCUCGUCGGGGAUGAAGAGAAGGAAGAGCUAGGCCUGGUGCCUCCAAUCGUGCCGCUACCCCAGGGCUGUGACCCAGAAGGCACCCUGCAGCCAUUUACGGUGCAGCUUCCCCUCAGCUGUGAUUUGGAGAAACAGCUGGAACUCGAAUUACCCACAGCCCAGCUGUGUCUGGAUGACAAAAUAAACCCUACGUCGCUAAGAGUUUGUCAGAAGGCCCAAGAACCCACGUGUGCAGAAGACACAAGAGAGUCAAGUUGUGUGGAAUGUUUCGAGGACCAGCAUGGGUCACCACUGCACCUACAUGGAAAGAAUCGUGAUACCAACAUGCAGACUGAAACGAAUAUAUAUAAAGAAGAAUUUACAGAGUAUAACAACAGAGUUGCCAUUUCAUCAUUGACUUUGUUCUCUGAAGAAGAAUCCAGAGCCGGAAAGAAGCACCAUAAUAAUGCUUUACAAGAUCAUGUCUCAGCUCAACCGGAGAAAACCUACACUCUGAAAGGAUUUACUGUUGGAUCCAAAUGUGUUGUGUGGUCAAAUCUAAGAAACACAUGGUCUGAAUGUGAGAUUCUGGAAAUCGCUGAAGAAGGCACAAGGGUUUUGAACCUUUCAAAUGGUAUGGAGGAGAUAGUGAACCCUGAGAAUGUUUGGAAUGGCAUACCCAAAUUGGAUAAGAGUCCAUUUGAGAAAAGGGGUCUGGAGGUGAUAUAGAUUUAACAGUGGAUCCAUAGAUGUGCCAGUCACUCAGAAACUGCUCUUAAACAAGUGGCAUCUCACCCAGACCGACAGAGCAUUCGAGCCUAUCGAGAGCAUGUAAUCACAAGAAGCUGUCAUUUUUGAAAACUUUGAUAUGCACUGAAAACAAAAUAGAUCUCAGGGUGAUUAUGCAAUGGAUUUAUAGUGGUGUUGCUGUGUAUAUGGAUCUGGGAUCUUUCGUCUCCCUUUAAAUGUGUUAUGUUCCUAAUCAGUUAGGAUUUAUUUUGCUAAACAGUUUGCUAACAUAUUACUCAAAUUUCAAAAAAAACCCCUAUUUUUGUUUCUUUUGAAUAUAGUGUUUAAAUUAAAAUAGAAAAUUAUAGGUUUAUGACAAGUAUAUCAUAUGAUGCUACUUUGGGGGAUGGCUUUGUUUGCAGUAACUCCUCCAGAUUUUUGGUUUUGUUUCUGAAGCUUUGCCUUGUCUAUGUAGUUAAAUAUUUGACUAAUACUCCAUUUGAUUUUGGAAGUAUUCUAAUACGACCCCAGAUCUGAAUAAAGUUUCUCCUGAAAGUUGUGGUGGUUUCAUUUUAUUAAAAAGGAAGUACGAUUCUGGAACAUCUGUGGUUCCGGAUUAUCUGUAGUAAUGGGGGAAACAGCAGUCAUCAAUAUUAGCUCUUAUAGGUCAGUCCCUCAACUGGUGCUUUAAGUGCAUUUCUCAAAUUCUCAACCACAAGGGGCAAUAUUAUCCAUAUUUUAUAGGUGAGAAAAUUGACGCUUUUUAGAGAAGUUACAUAACUUCUCUAUAGGUCAAAGAGCUGGAGAGUCUCAGAAACCUGAUCAGACGCAGACCCAUCUAACUUCCAAGCGCAUGCUGUUAAAACAGGAUUUUGUAUAGGUGGUGGUACAGAUCCUUGCUGUGGGACACCUCUUAGCCGAAUGCGGCUAAUGAGAGAUGUGACCUGGACAGGUUAUACACGACCUCUGAGACUUGAUCUUCCUCAUCUGUCAAGCGGGGUAAUAAAACCUUUCUCAAAGUGCUUUUAAGACUGGAACCUAGUAUUCUUUUCCCUGAAAGAUACUCAAUGUGCGCAUUGGGUAAUUAUUAUAUUUUUAAGUUUUAACUCAUUAGGUCUUUUUUUUGUGGUUAUAUUUUCCUUUAGCAUCUGCAUAUACCACCGACAAAGGAUUUUAAAAAGAUAUUACUGAAUGAGACAUCAGGACAAUUGGAAGUGUUAUCCAUUUCUAAAAUGAAUAAGGAGGUUUGCUACGUGAAGGUGGGGGAAAGAUGUAUGUCUGUGAAACAUUGUCAGACCCUGAAGCCUGAUGAGGGAACAGUGAGAACUAAGGACCUUGAAAGUUGGGUAUAACUUCAAUAAGUAGAAAGGAGAGGGUUUUGCAGUAAACAUAGUUGAGGUAGAAAGCAUAUUGCUUGUUCCUGGGUUAAGAAUAGACAAGUUUGGUUCCUUCCUGCAAGUGAUAUGGCUGUGGAUUAGUGGCAGAAAAGGUCAGAGAAGAUACAUUAGGGCCAGGUUAUAGAAAGCCUUCAGUUUCAUGCUAAGGAGUUUAACUCUUCAAAAAUUUUUAAAAUCAGAAUGGCUAUAGGACAGGAGAAGUCAAAUUUCUCAAAAUGAGUGUUUUUGCACCCUGAAAUAUUGACAGCCUGAAGUGUCAAAUCAAAAUACACAGUUACUUAUUAACUGAGCACAAGGUGUAGGGAUGGAAUAAAGUUAACCAGGCUUGCUUACGAAGUCCUGAUGAUCCCUGUUCACAAGGCUUAAACAAUUAUGAAGAAUUCAUAGGAACCAGACCAUAAUUAAGCCAAAAUAUACUUAACUUAUGAGUGGCACACAUUUUUAUAUUCCUCAGGAAACAAAAACCAUUUCUCAUGACUCCCAGAUGUAUAAGCAUAAAGUUUUUUGCUUUUUACCUCCAUAUAUAGACCUACCUCGGAGAUACAUGCGUUCAGUUCCAAACCACUAUGGAUAACCACAAUGAAGUGAGUCAAAUGACUUUUUUGGUUUCCCAGUGCAUAUAAAAGUUAUGUUUACACUACAGUGUAGUCUAUUAAAUGUGCAAUAGCAUUAUCUAAACAAAGCAAUGUACAUACCUUAAUUAAAAACUAUUGCUAGAAAAAUAACCUAACCAUCAGCUGAGCUUUCAGUGAGUUGUGAUCUUUUUGCCAGUGGAGGGUCCUGCUUGCAUGUUGGUGGCUGCUGACUGAUGGGGGGGUGGGGUAGGGUGGUUGCUGAAGGCUGGGCUGGCUGUGGCAGUUUUAAAAAAUAAGACAACAAUGAAGUUCACCACAUCGAUGAACUCUUCCUUCCAUGAACGAUUUCUCGUGCAUGCUGUUUGACAGCAUUUUACUCAGAAACUUCUUUCCAAGUUGGAGUGGGUCCUCUCACGCCCUGCUGCUGCUUUCUCAACUAAGCAUAACUCCUAUUCUAAAUCCUCUGUGAUCAUUUCCACCAUCUGCACAGCAUCUCCACCAGGGGUAGAUUCCAUCUCAAGAAACCACUUUCUUUGUUCACCCAUAAGAAGCCACUCCUCAGCCAUUCACGUUUUAUCAUGAGAUGAUAAAGCAAGUCAGUUCCAUCUUCAGGCCCCACUUUGAAUCCAAGUUCUCUUGCAACUUCCACCCCACCUGCUGUUACUUCCUCCACUCAAGUCUUGAACCUUCAAUUUGUAAGAAAUGCAAUAAACUGCAAUGCCCACUAAAGCAACAUAUGCCUGUAUUGUGCUAUUCUGCUUCCACUUCAUACAGAAUUAAAGAACAUAAGUAAAACUAAUUGGAAAAAUCAACCAGUUAAAAGUAAUUCUGAAUGUUUCCUUUGUUAUCCUUCACAGCCUUUGGGUGAAUAAUGUAUUAUAACUGGAAUCCCUGGCCUGUCUUACACACCUUUCUUGAGUAGGUAGAGUCCACCAGAGAUAAUCAAGUAAAGGCAAACAAAUUAUCAACUCUCUUUAAUCCAUUUUAAUCGGCUGCAUUUGCCUUGUCUCCAAUAUUCUUACCCUUGGCCACUCCCCAUUUAGUUACCAUGUUGAAAUUGUUUAGUAUCCUUAAUCCUGUGGUAAAACAAUGCUUUUAUCAUUUGCUUGAUCUAAUUUUUCUUCCCAUGACCAAAAGUCAAAGGGAAGUGCUUCCAAAUUCUACCUAGAAUACCAUGUUGCUAAAACUCAAUUCUACUUGGGGCGCCUGCGUGGCUUGGUUAAGCAUCUGCCUUCGGCUCAGGUCAUGAUCCCAGGGUCCUGGGAUCGAGCCCCACGUCAGGCUCCCUGCUCCGCAGAGAGCCUGCUUCUCCC